UAAGAAUGCAACAAGAGGCACUUCAUGAAAGAUUCAUCUACUGAAGAUUGAUUUCCACUUCACAUCUAAUAACCAACUUACUACUUUCAAAGCAAGAAAAAACAUGGUUGAAAUUGCAGAUCACACCAAGGUUCUUAUAAGGGAAUUCAGUGAAGACACAGAUAUUGAAGUGGUGGGGAAACUAGAGAGGGACUGUGAGAUAGAGUCUAAAAAGGGGGUCUCCAUUUUCACGAGCAUGAUGGGUGAUCCCUUUUGUAGGAUUAGGUUCUACCCCCUUCAUGUUAUGCUGGUAGCAGAGCUGCUUGAAAACGGGGAACUUGUUGGCGUGGUUCGAGGAUGCAUAAAGCAUGUAGGGACUGGUUCCGGGGCAAGAUACGUGAUAGGUUGCAUACUAGGCCUUCGCGUCUCUCCUAUACACCGGCGGAUGGGAAUCGGGUUGAAACUCAUGAAGUCGGUGGAGGAGUGGUUGCUGAGGAAGGGAGCACAGUACACAUUCUUGGCAACUGAAGAGAGCAACACCGCGUCCACCAAUCUCUUCACUUACAAAUGCAAUUACAGGAAGCUCAGCUCGCUGAUCAUAUUUGUUCAGCCAGUUUGUUCUGCUGUAGAGGAUCCGAUGCCUCGAGAUAUAAAAAUAGAGAAGCUACAUGUCGACGAGGCAAUUUUCUUGUACAAAAGCAGGCUAAGGAGCAAAGACAUAUAUCCAACAGAUAUUGACGUGAUCUUGAAGGAAAAGCUCAGCCUCGGCACUUGGGUGUUCUAUUUUGAAGAACAAGGCUGGAUCAACUUAAACAGUGAGGAAAGUAGUAAGGACACCGCCGGCGAAACUCAAAGCUCUUGGAUCAUCUUUAGCAUAUGGAAUACCUGUGAGGCUUACAAGUCUCAUCCACUGAGAUCUUUGCAUGCUAUUGCUACCCUAAGCCAUGCAACGGAGAAAUUUUUCUCCUGCCUAAAUCUGCCAGUCAGUGUCUCCAUGCAAAGCUCCUUCGGGUUUCUCCUUCUGUACGGGCUUCAUGGAGAGGGAGAGAAAGUCGGGGAGCUUAUGAAAUCCGUCUGGAACUUCGCCUCUAGGUUGGGACAAACUGUGAAGGACAGCAAGCUGAUUUUAACCGAGCUGGGGUUAUGUGAUCCUCUUAUAAAGCAUGUCCCUAAGGAUUCCGAUAUGUCAUGUAUCGAAGAUGUCUGGUACGGCAAGAGUUUGAUCAACCACGCUGAUGACAAAGAUGAACUGCUAGUACAGGGAUCACUUGGGAAUGUGUUUGUCGAUCCUAGAGAGUUCUAGGGUUGAUUACUAGGCUCUGAGUGCCAACGUUCCAAAAACAUCCCCAGCUGUUCAGCACACCAACUUUGUUGUUGUAUUCAUCUUCUGUUUUAGUUAGUUGGAAUGGCAUUAAACACUGAAGAGAGCCAAUAUCCUUAGGUUUUUCGGGUUGUAAUGAUUUUCGCACUUCCAGUUUUCCUUCUUCA